UCCGUGUUAUUCCUAUAUAUAUAUGAAUGGGUAAGCAAUAAGACAUUUUAUCUGAUGUCGUUUAAAGUCCCCUCGCGAAUUCGUUUUCUUCAGUUAUCGGCAACAGUAUAGAUAUAAAAUACCUAGUGAACGCGAUGGGCCGACGCUCGCUGACGCUUUGCGAUUUCGGCAGCUGCCUUCUGUUCCCGUCGUAUUGACUUUGAUGGAGGUCCACUGCAGACAUCAGCUACGUCUGCUACUUCCUGCACGUGAUGUCCGACAUCAACCGCGAGACUACAGCGCCCGAAGAUCGAAACGCCGCCGCUGCUGUCGUCUUGCCAAACGAUCCUUUGGACUGGACUAACGAUCACAUAGCGGCAUGGUUGAAAUGGUGUGGCAAACAUUUAGAGUUGUGGCCAAUUCCGAAAUCCGACGACUUUCCUAAUACAGGUUACAAUCUUUGUUCAUUAGAUAGGGCAGAGUUUGACCGUCGAUCGAGGAACAGACGGUCCGGCCGAUUAUUAUUGCUGCAUUUGUCAUUACUUCGACAGCCUGUCACUGGAACGCCGCCUAGUCCCAGCCUCACAACACCAGAAGACGAUCCGUACGAGGUGGUCAACGCGGCCAGCAGUCGGCUUGUAGCCCAAGCGGCCGCAGGCUCGGGACAAAUACAACUGUGGCAGUUCCUGUUGGAGUUGCUGGCCGAUUCCAACAACGUUGGAUGCAUUUGCUGGGACGGCCCUGGGGGUGAAUUCAAGCUGAUUGACCCAGAUGAGGUAGCCAGGCGUUGGGGUGAACGCAAGUCGAAGCCCAACAUGAACUACGAUAAGCUCAGCAGAGCUCUCAGGUACUACUAUGACAAGAACAUCAUGACCAAAGUUCACGGCAAACGUUACGCGUACAAGUUCGACUUUCACGGGCUGAUGACCGCAUGCCACCAGAGCCAGCCGCAAAUGCCAGCGGCGCAGUCCGGCCCCCAGGUGGCCGCUGGCCCAUCAUCAGUAACCAUGCCGUCCACGCCGUCACCUUCCGACUUUUCCGGUGGCCUGUACGGCCAGCAGCACGCUUCCGCUUCCGGCCCGCCUACCGCCAUAUUUCCGGCCGGGCCGUCCUACUGGGCCACAUCCGCAGCAGGCCUUUCUACGCUGUACCAACAUCCGGCCGGGCCACGGUAUCCUCCGUAAUCCAAAAUAUCAUAAUAUAUACUAUAGGGAUGGAUUCUCGAACUAUUGUCGAACCCUCGAACACCCCGAACUUCGAUAAUUUCGUACAGUUCGAAGUUCAUUAGAAAUCAAUACUCGAAAGUUCGAAACAUUUCGAACAGUCCAUUUCAUAAUCGCGUUGCUAUCUAAGUUCGAGGGUUCAAUAUGUUCGAAAAGUUCAACGAGUUUGAUCUCAAACAGUUCGAGAAGAAGAAAAGUUCGAAUUCGUGAAAAUUGAAGUUCGGCCCAUCCUUGUAAUAUACGAAAAUAUCUGUAUACCCGCGCGCUGCAGUUGUAUCACAAAUGUCUAGAUUAAUUAUUAUAUCGAGCAAACUUUGAAAUAAUUUCAUAAUAAGUAAUUAUUGUUCAGGAAACUGAUUCUAAUAAUGUAUUUUGUUUGACAUUGUGUUUUGUAGAAAAAACCGAAGUGACGUGUUGUUUUCAACGAACACACAAUGUAUAUAUUAUUAUUGAUAUUUCGAUUUGUUUGUUUCUAUGCAUUAAAACGAGCCUUAAUUUUAGUACCUAUAUAGUCGGCAUCGCCUCUUGCAAUAUGCAGUACGCCUCACCCCACUCCUAACUAUUUGCACUUGAGGGGGGGGGGGGGUGGAUUCCCUUUUUUCCUCAAUAUGACCCUCAUUAAGACAUAUUAAGUGCAUGAGAAAUUUUAUUUGAAAAAAUAUCUUCAAUAAUAAUCAUUUACAAAUUGUACUCAUGACUUUCGAUUUUACAUUGUAUAUAAUAUUAAAUAUAUAUAGUGUCUUAUUAUAAAAAUAUAACUGUAAACAUUAAAAGACAAUAAAAUAUUUAUAUACGUUAUACAUUAUACAUUCUACAAUACAAUUUACAAUUUUAAAACACUCAUAACUCAUAACUAUUGCUUCAAAAUUAAAAUAUUAAAACGAGUCUAUGACCUAGAUAAUAAUUCUUACCUUUACAUUUGAUAAUUGAUCAAUAUAUCUCAAUUCACUCUAAAAUUAAAAAUAAUAGAAUAAAAAGGAUUAUUCUGAAUUGAAAAUUUGGUAUGUUUAAGACCUAUACAACAUGUGAGUACGACAUCAUCUUAAAAAAGGGAUUUAUUUUUUCGUACAUUAAUUUACAUUAAUAAUAUACCCAAGUCUCGAGCACCCUACUAAUGGCAGGUAUAAUACUUUCAAGUAAAAAUGAUCUCAUUAGAUUUGAAAAUAAAGAAAUAAGAUUUACUCAUGAUGAUAAUAAAAAUAAUAAUAAUUUAAUAUUUUAAUACGUAUAACUAGUGUGAAAUAUUUAUUGCACGUCAAACAAAAAACCAAUUAUAAGGUCAUAAAUAUUAAGUUUCCCAACAUUAAUAAUAAGUAGGUAUAAUAACGUAAUACAUAAUAUAGUCAAAAAUAUGCAAAGGUAAAAAGUGCGCAAUCGUGUUGUACCGGCGCCACUUUCGACGUGAACCAUUAAAUUAUUGCGGUGGUUUAUUGCGUUAAAAAAAAAAUAAAAAUGCACUGUUAUUAAUAAUACUGGACUAGCUGUAUAAUAUGAUUCAUAAAUUGUAUACAUUUUGGUGUCACUAGAGUCCAGAAGCGAUGAAGAUCGUCACGCUUCAAUUCCGUUUGAAGUUUGAACUAUGAUAAUUCUGCACAUAAAUGUUGGAUGAUAUACCUAUUAUGUCCUUAUCGUUAAGUCAUAUUAAGCAAAUUAAAUGUUUUUAUUUAGAAUUGUAUACUACCAUAGUCCAUAGACCUAUCUAUGUACCUAUACUUACCUAUUAUAAAAAGGCUGCAGCGCGCGGUCGAUAUUAGAUUAUUAAUAGUAUAUUAUUAUGUAUCAUCUACAGUAAAAAGUUCCUUUAAGUCGUCAGAACAUAUUAUACAUAAUUUGUACAAUAAUAUAAAUUGUAAAUAUAUAAAUAUCGUCGUGUUAUUUUUUAAUUGUAUUCUAAUUAUUUUUAUUUCCACGAAUAACCCGUAUUAUUUAACAUUUUAUUAGUUACGAGUAAUUGGUACCUACUUCAAAAUCAAAAGUCUACAUUAAUUAAAUUUGGUUCAUAUAAAAAUAAAUAUAAUAUUAUGUUAUAAGUUUAUAACUGAAUAACUUACAGCAUGUUUUUUUCUUAUUAAAUUGAAAUUAUUAUAGGUACAUUCUUUAAAUUAAUGGUUAAAUUAACAUUUGGAUAACAUAAUUAUAUUUAAAGUUAUCAGUUUGAAAACAAUUGUUUUUUCCUGUUUUUUUCAUUGAACUACAGC